UCUCGCCUUUUUAACUUCUCCCUUUUUUUUACUUUGAAGUGGAAGAAGUAUUUUGAUGUUAUUUUUUACUCUCCUCAGUUUUUUAUGAAAGUGCUGAAGAGGACGGACACCAGAGUAAGCUAUUAACUUAGAUUUGUGAAUCAUUGUUGUAAGGUAUUCACUAUUGUGUGUGUGUGUGUGUGUAUCAUCAUGUGUGUCUCAGCUGCCGCAGUACUGUGCAGACUUUGAUCUGAGGUGAGUUUGAGUCAAAGUCAAAGAUUUCUCCAGUCACCCUCAGUGUUUAGAUGAUAAUUACGGAGCAAGUUGCGCAGAAUUGCUUCUGAUCUGACAGCUGUGAACAGUGCGAGAGGGCCUGCUGUGAUGUCAGCGUCCAGCUUAGUGCCCUGCAUCGCCAUCCUGCUCCUCCAGCUGUGGGGAGCACACGCAUUCUCCUCUACACCCCUCUGUCCAACACCCUGCCUAUGUCAACAGACUCCCCUCCUAAACUGCUCCUCAUCUGGCCUCUCGGAGUCCCCGUCACAUAUCCCAGCAACUGCCACGGCACUGGACCUUUCCCAUAAUGCCAUACGCUCUCUGGUCCCUCUUGGUCGUGCACGUUUGAGAGGGCUUCAGCACUUGUGGGUGGGAGAUAAUGCCCUGGAGAGUUUGUCAAUGUGUUUGGGGAAGGGUGUGGAGGGAACUAAGAGCCUCCCUAGAAGAAAAGAGUGGUGUGUGUCUUGGGCACCUGACCUUCAGCUGCUGUCCGCUCAGAGAAACCAGCUGAAACGUCUACCAAAGGGACUCGGCAGGAUAAAAUCUCUGCAGGUGCUUCAGUUCGCUCAUAACCAGAUCUCAGAGCUUGGUCCUGCUGACCUGGCUGACUGUACUCACCUGAGAGAAGUUCACCUCCAGCAUAACCUCAUACACACUAUUCACCCACAGGCCUUUAAAGACCUGACAAAUCUACAGGUUCUUGACCUGAGCUAUAACCUGCUUACCAUCGUACCACUACCAGCCUUCCUGUCUCUGCGGAACCUGAACACCUUUGUGUCCAUUUCUGGAAACAGGUGGAGGUGUGACUGUAACUUACAGACAAUAAGAAGAUGGCUAAGCUUUGACAACGAAUUAGGUAAUCCAACAUGGAAAGUGGACUGUUUCUCUCCAGCUCAUCAUGCUGGAAAAGAUCUGAUACAUCUGGAAGAGUCUGAUCUUAAAUGUCCACCACCUGAAUUUAGCACACCGGGUCUUCUUAAGGAGGUUACUGUAGAUGAGGGGACUGAAGUAUUGCUUUCCUGUGGAGACACCAGCCAAGGACUCACACAGACUAGAUGGUGGAUACCUCAAGGCCACGUCUCCGAGAAUCAACAGGUCCUUUUUAUCAGCAACAUCACAGAGCAGCAUGCCGGACAUUAUGUCUGUAUCUCAGGAGCCCAGGAGCAGCAUGUAUCCAUAUUUAAUCUACAUGUUCGUAAAAGAGUUUAUGAAACGAGGCAGCGACGAGAAGCCCAAAAUGUGAACAUGGUGAGGAACGUGCGAGCUGUAGAACAAUCCCAGUUUGUCUUAGCUGUCUGCCUUUCCGUCUUCAUUACCUUCAUCGUGGCCUUCAUCCUUGGUGUUGUGUUACGGCCAUUUUUGGACAAAUUAUGGCAAAGGAUUCGCAACAAGAGGGACUCUAGAUCAUCGUCUGCAAACUCCAGAACUUCCUCAGCUCAACCAAGGCCGUAUGACAACGAGGGAUUUUCGGAUACAGAUGAACCUGUGCAGGAAGUGCGAGUGGGAUCAAGAGUGACGUUUGGCGGAGUGACAGAAGUUAAUGACAAUGCGGGCAACAUUCCUUACUACGUCACAGUUGAAGACACCAAAUCAGACAGCUCUUCUGAGGACAAUAUGGAUGUUGAAGCAUCAUACGAGAACACACAUGGCAGGGAACCCUUGACUAAUACUGUUAUAACUCAUGUUGAGAUGGAGGAUUUAAGGGGCAAGGAAAGCAGCAUUCCUAGCAGCUCAAUACCCGUCAGUAAAGAACUACCUUUGAGAGAGGAGAACCCAAGAACAAGUGUGGAAACUACAGAAGCUGUGGAGUUGGAAGCUAUUCCAGACCCAGAAGACUCUAUAGAGUUAGAAGAGAAGAGGAUUUCUAGUGUAUCCAGAGAAUCUGGAUUGCCCCAAGAACAGGGGUCCAUUUAUGAAGUAAUUGAGUCUGAAGAGCAAAGUGUAGAUCCUCCGACAGUGACCACUCUGGAUGAUGAGGAAAGUUAUACAGACAACACAGAGGCAACAAUACUGGGAUUUACAACUGACCCAUUUUCAGGGACACUGUCUGAUCUAAAUGAAGAGAAUGUGGAUGAUCUGGACAGAGAUUUAUGGAACGACAGUGGCGAGAGCUUUUCUUUCCCUGAUGAAUCUCCAAGAUCAAGCAGCCGAACUACACAGGGUGCUGUUCUUGAUUUUCCACUUUUUGAGGAGGAGCUGUCGGUGGAUAAACAAACUAACAACCUAGGGUCUUGCAGCUCAAGUGAAAGUGGUCUUACUGAAGGAGAACAAACAGAAUACACAGUAAACUCAGAGGAAUACGCAGAAUCAGAAACCUAUGAUGAUCCACACUCAAGAAAUGAUGACUUCAGCGACACAGUAACACCAGUCCCUAGUGAGUUCUCUGAUUAUUCAAAUGGCAAUUUUAACGCAGAAGAACUUCUUGAAUACCAUGUGCACCCUGUGUAUAGGCCUGGCCAAAAGACUACCAGUGUCCCAAAGACAAAUGAAGCAGGUGCCAGUAUCUCCAGUGAGGACGAAGAGACACAAGCUGAAUAUGAGGACUAUCCCCGGAAACUUGAAAUAAAAGUAGACCCCGAGGUCAUUAACGAGAGUGUUAUUCCAGUUCAAAAUACCAGCAGCAUCGUCAAUAUCAACUUUGACAAUUCCUCAACUAGUACAGAUAUAGAGGAAAGGCAUAAGGAGAUGGUUCCUUCCUCUGAACAGAGUUUCUUUGAAAUAAUAGGACUAACUUUUGAUCAACUACCGAAAGUGAAAAAAUCUCUCCAGUUCUCAGUCUCUGUUCCUCAACCUCCAACUCAACAUGGAUCUACAACGACACCUGAGGCAGGAUGUGAUUUAAAGUCGUCCCAGCUGAAUUCCUCCUCUGAAGAAAGUUUCUUGGGGAAAUUUGAUGUGACUUUGUAUCCAGUACCAACAGUAAAGAGAUAUCUUCAGUUCUCACAUUCUGAGCCUCCACCUUUAGUUUCAUCUCCCUCAACAUCUUUAAAGACAGAAACGAUCACACCAGUGUUAGGAACUACAACCCAACAAUCUGUGAGACCUAAUUCGUCAUCUGAAGAUGAGCUCAGUCCAACCGGAGACAGUUUCUUUGGGGAAAUAGGUGCAUCAGUUGAUGCUGUGCCAAAAGUAAAGAGAUACAUUCAGUUCAGACCAUCUAAUCUUCAACCUCUUUCUCCAUCAGCAUCUUUAAACACAGAAACAAUCACACCAAAUCUGGUGCCAAAAACCCAGUAUGAGACAUAUGAUUCAUCGUUUAGGGAUGAACACAGCCCAUCCUCAAAAGAAGACAACUUCUUCCAGCAAAUAGGAGCAUCUGUUGAUGAAGUGCCAAAGGUGACAAAAUACAUUCAGUUCUCAGAGACUGAGCCUCAACCUUCAGCUCUGUCUCCCCCAACAUCUUUGAAGACAGAAACAAUCAAACCAGUGUUAGGGUCUAAUACACAGUCCAAGAGACCUGAUUCUUCAUCUGAGGACGAAGACAGUUUCUUUGGACAAAUAGGUGCAUCUGUUGGUGAAGUGCCAAAAGUGAAAAGAUACAUUCAGUUCAAACCAUUUGAGGACCAACCUUCAUCUCCAUCAACACCAAUAAACACAGAAACAAUCACACCAAAUUUGGUGCCAAACACACAGUCUGGGUUUCAGGAUAACCACAGCUCAACUACAAAGGAAAAUCAUUUCUUUGAGCAAAUAGGUGCAUCUCUUGACAAAGUGCCAAAGAUAGAGAGAUACAUUCAGUUUACACAAUCUGAAGUUCAACCUGGCUCCACAGCCAAGGAUGGGUUCAGUCCAACCUCUAAGGGAGACGGUUUCUUUGGACAAAUAGAUGUAUCUAUUGACGAAGUGCCAAAAGUGAAGAGAUACAUUCAGUUCUCAGAGACUGGGCCUCAACCUUCAACUCUGUCCCCAUCAGCAUCUUUAAAGACAGAAAAGGUCACACCAGUGGUAGGAACCCAAACACAAUUGAUGAGACCCGAUGCUUCGUCUGAGGACAGAGACGAUUUCUUUGGACAAAUAGGUGCAUCUGUUAAUGAAGUGCCAAAAGUGAAGAGAUACAUUCAGUUCAAACAAUCUGAGCCUCAACCUUUAACUCCAUCAACGUCUUUAAAAUCAGAAAAGAUCACACCAGUGUUAGGAACUACAACACAGUCUAUGAGCCCCGAUUCAUUUAAAGACAGAGACGAUUUUUUUGGACAAAUAGGUGCAUCUAUUGAUGAAGUGCCAAAAGUGAAGAGAUACAUUCAGUUCUCAGAGACUGGGCCUCAACCUUCAACUCUGUCCCCAUCAGCAUCUUUAAAGACAGAAAAGAUCACACCAGUGGUAGGAACUACAACACAGUCUAUGAGACCUGAUUAUCCACCUGAGGACAAAGACAAUUUCUUUGCACAAAUAGGUGCAUCUGUUGAUGAAGUGCCCAAAGUGAAGGGAUACAUUAAGUUCUCAGAGCCUCAACCUUCAACUCUGUCCCCAUCAACAUCUUUAAAGACAGAAAAGGUCACACCAGUGGUAGGAACCCAAACACAAUUGAUGAGACCCGAUGCUUCGUCUGAGGACAGAGACGAUUUCUUUGGACAAAUAGGUGCAUCUGUUAAUGAAGUGCCAAAAGUGAAGAGAUACAUUCAGUUCAAACAAUCUGAGCCUCAACCUUUAACUCCAUCAACGUCUUUAAAAUCAGAAAAGAUCACACCAGUGUUAGGAACUACAACACAGUCUAUGAGCCCCGAUUCAUUUAAAGACAGAGACGAUUUUUUUGGACAAAUAGGUGCAUCUAUUGAUGAAGUGCCAAAAGUGAAGAGAUACAUUCAGUUCUCAGAGACUGGGCCUCAACCUUCAACUCUGUCCCCAUCAGCAUCUUUAAAGACAGAAAAGAUCACACCAGUGGUAGGAACUACAACACAGUCUAUGAGACCUGAUUAUCCACCUGAGGACAAAGACAAUUUCUUUGCACAAAUAGGUGCAUCUGUUGAUGAAGUGCCCAAAGUGAAGGGAUACAUUAAGUUCUCAGAGCCUCAACCUUCAACUCUGUCCCCAUCAACAUCUUUAAAGACAGAAAAGGUCACACCAGUGGUAGGAACCCAAACACAAUUGAUGAGACCUGAUGCUUCGUCUGAGGACAGAGACGAUUUCUUUGGACAAAUAGGUGCAUCUGUUAAUGAAGUGCCAAAAGUGAAGAGAUACAUUCAGUUCAAACAAACUGAGCCUCAACCUUUAACUCUGUCUCCAUCAACGUCUUUAAAGAUAGAAAAGAUCACACCAGUGUUAGGAACUACAACACAGUCUUUGAAACCUGAUUCAUUUAAAGACAGAGACGAUUUUUUUGGACAAAUAGGUGCAUCUAUUGAUGAAGUGCCAAAAGUAAAGAGAUACAUUAAGUUCUCAGAGACUGAGCCUCAACCUUCAACGCUGUCCUCAACAUCAUCUUUAAAGACAGAAAAGAUCACACCAGUGGUAGGAACCCAAACACAAUCCCUAAGACCUGAUUCUUCCUCUGAGAACAGAGAAGAUUUCUUUGGACAAAUAGGUGCAUCUGUUGAUGAAGUGCCAAAAGUUAAGAGAUACAUUCAGUUCUCACCAUCUGAGGGCCAACCUUCAACUCUGACCCCAUCAACCUCUUUAAACACAGAAACAAUCAAACCACAGUCAGUGCCAAAAACCCAGUCUGUGAGUCCUGAUCCUUCAUCUGUGUUUGGAGUCACUUUCUUUGGACAAACAGGAACACCUAUUGAAGGAGUGCCAAAAGUGAAGAGAUACAUCCAAUUCUCACAUUCAGAGCCUCAACCUUCAACUUUAAAAACAGAAAAGUUCACACCAGUGAUAGGGAAUAAAACACAGUCUAUCAGACCUGAUUCUUCAUCUGAUGAUGAAGUCUUCUUUGGAGCAAGUGAAGCUUUUAUUGAUGGAGUACCAAAAGUGAAACAAUACAUUAAAUUUACACCACACGAAGCCCAACCUUUAACUCCAUCAGCAUCUUUAAAGACAGAAACAAUCACUCCAAAUGUGGCACCACAAACCCAGGCUGUGAAUCCUGUUUUUUCAUCUGUAGAUGGAGACGGUUUCUUUGAAGUCGUUGGAGUACCUAUUGAAGGAGUGCCAAAAGUAAAGAGGUACAUUCAGUUCUCCCAUUCAGAGCCUUGGCCUUCAACUGUGACCCCAUCAGCAUCUUUAAAGACAGAAAAGAUCACACCAGUCAUAGGAGCUACAACACAGUCUACGAGACCCGAUUCUUCAUCUGAGGACAGAGAUGAUUUCUUUGAAGCAACUGGAGCAUCUUUUGGUGGCGUGCCAAAAGUGAAAAGAUAUAUUCAGUUUACCCAGUCAGAGGCCCAACAUUUGUCUCCAUCAUUAAACACAGAAACAAUCACACCAAAUUUGGUGCCAAAAACCCAGUCUGGGAAAUAUGAUUCAUCAUUCAAGAAUAGCCAGAGUCCAACCACAAAGGAUCAGAAUUUCUUUGAGCAAAUAGGUACAUCCAUUGAUGAAGUUCCAAGGAUACAGAGAUACAUUGAGUUUACACAAUCUGAAGUUCAACCUGGUUCCACAUCUGAGAAUGGGUUCAGUCCAACCACUAAGGAAGACGGUUUCUUUGGACAAAUAGGAGCAUCUUUUGAUGGAGUGCCAAAAGUACAAAGAUACAUUCAGUUUUCACAGACUGAAGUUCAACCUUCAGCUGAAUCUCCAUCAACAGUGUUCGAUUCAGAAAGGAUCCCACCGAAGUUUGUGACUACAGUACAGUCUGAAGAAGGGCUCAGUCAGACCAAGGGAGGCAGUUUCUUUGAGCAAGAAGGCACAUCUUUUGAUGGAGUCCCAAAAGUGAAGAGAUACAUCCAGUUCUCACAAUCUGAACCUCUUUCUCAGUCUCUGCUACCAAGUACAGGCACAGGAGCACAGAGGAAUAGCUCAUCAUCUGUAGAUGGUGUUAAACCAACUGCUGAAGAACACAGUAUCUUUUGGUCAAUUGAUGUCUCUGCUGAUGGAAUACCAAAAGUAAAGAAAUACAUUCACUUCACACAUUCUGCAUCUCAGCAGUCAGGACAGUCUCCAACCCAGGAUUUAGACAGACUAUCUACACAACAGUUUGAAGUGAAGCCAAGCGGCGACAAAGACAGUUUCUUGGGGGGAAUAAGUGUACCUCUUGAUGACAUACCAAAAAUACAAAGAUCUCUGCAGUUCUCACAAUCUGAGCCUAAACCUGAGAUGACAGUAGCCACAGAAACAAGCGUGCUAGACCAAAUCUCCAGGCCUAAGAGAACUCUCUUCUUUUCUAAUUCAGAGCCAUACGGUCAAACUGACCAAUCAUUCACUUCACCACAACCCCGAUUCAGCCAGAGUAUCUCACAUUCCCACUUCGAUGAUGAUGAAGAUUCAAAUGCACAAGAUUCAUCCCCAGCAUCCUUAGGAAAGGAUGAUGCCAGAGAGUAUCUCCGAGACAGCUCUCAAGCUCGGGAGAAGCAGGAGCGGAGGCGAUUACUGUUUACGCAGAAAAGAAGAGCCAUGGAUGGGUUCAAGUUGACCACCCACUCUUACACCGUACAAAGACCGUCAGAUCACAAUGAAGAGACAUUCCCAGUCUACAAAAGGAACAUUUUCCAUGGAAUUUCUACAGGAACAGCAGACACUCCGAUCCACACAGAUUUUACUGCUGCAGAAACUGCUGAGAGCCUGAGUGCCAAGAGUAUCUCACCCCUCAGAUACAAAUAUCGUACUGAUGUUUAAACAGACUCGAACAGACUGAUUUCGCGUUUCAACAUUUGAUAUGUAUUUAUAUAUAUAUAUGCACAUUUGUAAAAUGUUAUUAAUUUACUUUUAUCUAAGUUACUAAUUCCGCUCAAAAAAUACAAAUAUGGAAUGUUAAUUGUUUAUCAAGCCUUAUUAUUAAUGUAAAAAAUAAAUUAAAUCUCUUUAUUUGCUUUGGCACAAAAAAGUACAUAAUGUGAAAUAUUUUUUUAAUGAAGUAGAUUCAAACAUUUAUUUACCUGAUAUAUUUUUUUCUAAUGUUUACCUUCUUUA